UGUAAAGUGUGGUGGUGGUGGUGGUGGUGUAAAGUGUGGUGGAUACAACCACCUCUUCUCAGACGUCCGCUCCGCGUGCAAGUGGGAGGCCAAAAUGUCCCCUCGAGUGGAGGAGCUUCUCCUGCAAGCAGGGAGCGAGCGAGCCUUAGAACCUUGAGCAGCUUAGAACCUUGAGCAGCUUAGAACCUUGAUCAGCUUAGAACCUUGAGCAGCUUAGAACCUUGAGCAGCUUAGACCCUCGAGCAGCUUAGAACUUCGAGCAGCUUAGAACCUCGAGCAGCUUAAAACCUCGAGCAGCUUAGACCCUCGAGCAGCUUAGAACCUCGAGCAGCUUAGAACCUCGAGCAACUUAGAACCUCGAGCAGCUUAGAACCUCGAGAAGCUUAGAACCUCGAGCAGCUUAGAACCUUGAGCAGCUUAGAACCUUGAGCAGCUUAGAACCUUGAGCAACUUAGAACCUUGAGCAGCUUAGAACCUUGAGCAGCUUAGAACCUCGAGCAGCUUAGAACCUUGAGCAGCUUAGAACCUUGAGCAACUUAGAACCUUGAGCAACUUAGAACCUUGAGCAGCUUAGAACCUUGAGCAGCUUAGAACCUCGAGCAGCUUAGAACCUUGAGCAGCUUAGAACCUUGAGCAGCUUAGAACCUUGAGCAACUUAGAACCUUGAGCAGCUUAGAACCUCGAGCAGCUUAGAACCUCGAGCAGCUUAGAACCUUGAGCAGCUUAUAACCUUGAGCAACUUAGAACCUUGAGCAACUUAGAACCUUGAGCAGCUUAGAACCUUGAGCAGCUUAGAACCUUGAGCAGCUUAGAACCUUGAGCAGCUUGAGGAGGAACCGGGGCGGGCGAACCGCACGGUGACUUUGCCCACCGUGCGGUUUGUACCUUCCCGCCGUGCCCCAUCGCGUCUGCGUUCAUUGCCGGCAUUCCACUGGAAUCGGGUAAACCGGUUCCCUUAGAGCGGGUUACCGGUUCUUCUGGCGUGUGUGACAGGAGCGGACGAUUGCUGCGCGAGCCCCCGGUUCACGAUGACUCGCUCACGACAAGCUGGGAUCAACUUCAGUCUCCUCUCUCAUGUCUCUGACUCGUGUCUUCGCCCCACGACAUAGACACUGUAACCAAGCGUGCCGAUCGGAGGUGCAGGGGGAAGGACAGCAAACUUAACGCCAAAAUCAGUUGUAAAGAAGUGAGUUUUCAAUCCAGAAGCAGCUUGUGGAUUGACGAGGACGACGCUGAACUCCACGUGGAGAGCGUCGCGUGCUGCUGAGCGAGUGCGUCGCGUGCCUCUGCGUCGCCUCCCAGGGUGGCACCUGCAGGGACUCAUGGAGAACCUUCUGGACAUUGGAGAGUCGGAGGAGAUGCAGGAGACUGCAGCCAGGACCCCGGUGGCCGAGCAGAGCCCGGACGUGCCGAGCGAGGCCGCUCCCUGCGACCGCGACGCCUGUGACGGAGGGGCGAGGCAACGGGACGGAGAACUUCGAUCACAGGAGGACGCCGCGACUCCGUGCCGCUCCUGCGGCCGCCCCAGCGAGUGGCACCUCCACGUGGCCGCCGGCGGCCGUCCUGAGCGCACGUGGUUCUGCUGCGAGGCGCUUUGGGAGACGGUGCGAGAGGCGUGGGGUCACGAGGUGCCGGCCCCGUGGCACGCCGAGGAUGCGGAAGGUCCCAAUCGCGCAGUUCUCGUCCAGGAGCGGAGGGAUCGCAUCGUGGCCCGGAUUCUUGAGCGACAGGACGAGCUGCACCGCACCGUCUCGUUCGCGCUGCCUGCCCCGCGGCGCCCGCCCGCCCACCCCACGGAGCCGCACUCCAGCGCCCGGCAGCCCGGGGCCCAGCCACACGCACGGGGACCGCUCAUCCCCGGCGGCGUCUGUGCGCAGCGCGGAGAGGUCGUGGAGCGCUUCUACGAAGGCGGACGCAAGUUUUCGACCUUUUUUGCAGACGGGACGGGGCACGUGCUGGACCCGGCGGGGCGCGUGGUGCUGCAGGCCGCGCGGGGCCCCGGGGGGCGCCUCGUGUGGGUCGCCUGGGCCCAGGGCGGCCGCGUCCUCGCCGUGCUUGGGGCCGCGGGCGGAGGCGCCGUGUGUGUGUCAGCCUCGGGGGGCGUCCGGCUGGUGGUGACGCCGAGCGGGGGCCGCUGCUACGGCGCGGGGGGCUGGGAGACGCGGCGCUGGCUCUGGGAGGACGCGGCCGCGUGCGGUCACCACGCCCACGCGCCGCCCCUGCAGCCCGUGGACGUGCCGCUCGGUGCCCGCGCCCCCCGGGUCCGGCUCCUCACGCGGGAGGACGCGGUGCUGACCUACGUGGCGCGGAACCGCAGCGUCCGUCUCCGAGUAGCCUACCAGCCGAAGCCGCUGCCGUGUGGAUGUCUGGAGUGCGAGGAACGCCAACAAACUAACUGGGAGUUGUCGCCGCUCGGUGCCCCUCCACCACCCACCGUGCUGCUGCCCUCUCACAGCCGAGCGGCGGCGAAGCGACGGAGAGAGGCCCGAACUCCGCGGCCUCCGCGGCCACGGAGGCGAGCGACGAGCGGGCGCUGGGGGCCCUCGUGGCGAGGAUCCGGGCGGCGCUCGGCGGGCUGCGCCGGGCCGGACGAGCGACCGACACCGACGCGGAGCGACCAAGCCGCGUGGCUUAGAUCGCCGUCACGCACAUGGCAAUCGCCUGGCCUUGCUUCCUCGCCGGCAACGGACGCCUCGGGUGAACCUUCGCUCUGUUGGAGGUCACUCGUGUUCCUUUGCUGCCUCCCACGGUGUAGGGAAGCCGCUUCCCCCGGCCACCCGAGCCGCAGGCCAUCUCCCCUGCUCCGUUCCAGGCUCAGGAACUCGUGAUCUCUAUCCGUAUAUAUGAAAUGGCCACUCGGUGUCUAUACAGGGUCGCGAGGCACAGUCGCAUAUAUAUACACGCUUUAUAAAUCCAAAUGGUAACGCAAAUUAGCAUAGCACGUGUGGUUGGUUUUCAUCGGAGUCCGCAAGAAGUGAUGAUGACGUUUGGAAUUCAUUCCAUAUUUUGUCAUCAAGUCAAAUGUUUAAAGCGCGGUGCGUUUGCGCGUGGCACGGCUCAUGUCAGCGUUGCGUUUCCACGUCCCUGGAGAGAAGACCCAAGCCGUGCCGGGCAUCGCUAAUGCAGAACAUUCACUCUACGCAUUGUCUACCCACGGAACGCCUCACCGAGUCUCUUUUUUUCAGGAGGGAUCCUGCCAAAUUCUCCCAGUGUCGGGGCGAUGUUGCUGCUGCGUAAUCCCACGAGUAAUUUUGCAGGCAAUGUUUCAGAAUUGAGAUGUUUUGGCCGAUGCAAUGUCAAGUUCGUCUUAGCUAUGGGAGAAAAGCAGAGAACCCGGAGGCACCCGAUGCAGACCAGGGGGGAGAAGACACAACCUCCAUCCAGGCACCCCAGUUGGGGGUAGAACCCAGGAGGAGCCUCUCGAUGUGAAGCGUUGCCCCUGCGCCGACACCCCGCUGCCCAUCUUGCACAUCAGCCGGCAAUCGCGAUCGGCUCUCAGCGCACGCCAAAUGUCCGAAAUGCACCUCCAACCAAGUCCCAGACUCUUGACACUCACACGAGGCAUCGUGAUGAAAAGCCAAGAGCCCUAUUUUAACAGACGUACGUCACGAAUGCACCUGCAAUGGGGAACCGACGCGAACUACGGCUCAUUAUUCCAGCAAUGACGAUCGACGAAUCGGUUGCAGUGGUGUAGUGUCGAGCUUAAAUCUGAUUGGUUGUUCCUGUGAGGCUUACGCGGGUCAGGUGGUUAUCGACUUCCUGGAUCUGUCCUUCAUGAUGCUUGGUGUCGUUUCAAGCAAAACGUCGUGGUGUGCGAUUGCUACAUUUCUUUGCAACUUUUAUUUUCCAACUCGCCGGAAUGAGCUGAAUCGUAAAAUAAUUGGCGCGUUCACACGUGACAACUUUGUUUGGCUAUGUCAGGUGGAUGGGAGGGUCCUUUGGAAAAAAAGAAUUGUGAACAUCUGUGAAAAAGAGCUUUUUAGCUCAUUGGAUUCCUCCAGUGUAAAUAAAUAUUCUGAUUCUGAUGAAGCAAAAACACUCAUGGAUGGUCAUACAAGGACGACCACCAAGGAAGGCAUCACACAGUAAUAACAAUAACAAAAUAUCUUUAUUAUUUAUCCAACAGAGCUUCACCAAGUCUAACGACUCGGGUGAGAACUGCAUUGUGAUGUUUGACCAAUUUACCAAUUAUUGUUUUAAACCCGUUUGCUGUACUGCCACCUCACAGCUAAGCAGGCUGGGAGUAUAAUUCACGCGAUGAUCUCUGUGCGAUCCACCUAACCCACCUCUCACAAAGAGCCAAGUUUACAGGUCUACCCCACCACGCCUAGCACGUGGCAUUUAGGAAUUGCCGCCGUAAGAGCGGCCAAACACCCCCAAAAAGAGAGACAAUAGCAAAGCCGAAUUGUAGGUUUGUGUGACCUCUGCAAUAAACAGAGGCAUUAUGGGACACUUUCGCAAGGGCCUGUGAAUCCAUGACACCGGUGGGUUCUCUUCUGAAAGAAGUCCUUGCUUCUCAGGGCCUGUUCCCACAUUGUGUUGCGACCUCUUGACCUCGUGAUCACCAGCGAAGAAAGACGCGACUCCCAGAAUGCACCAGGCGACUGCUGCCCCCUCGUGGGGAGCUUGCGCUACUUCGUCAGCACCAGCAGCAGGUUCACCUGCAACGCAGAGCAGGGCAACGAGCAGCCAAUCGAUCUUUACGCUGCCGUGCAGUGCCGCGAAUGAAAGGAUCGCAUCAAAGUGCUCUGCAGAAACAUUAAAUAAAAAUAUCAAUCGUGAACAAUAUGCGUGAAAAUUCAGUAAGAAGCAGAAAUACAUAGGAAAUACAAAACAUGAAAAGCAGUAAAUGCAAGUAACCUCCGAUAAGCACAGUUGGCUAUGUACGGUGCGAAAUAAGUUCAGCAUACAUACAUAACAAUAUCAGUGAUAAGAGUGUGUGAACGCUGUUGUAAAAAUAAGUUUUCAUCUAACUGCUCACCACGAAGUGGUACUUAUUUUAUUGACCCUGGAGGGAUGAUGGGCUGAGUCACCCAUCCAGGAUGUGAGCCACUUGCUCUACCGCUGAGCCACCCGGCUGGUUAUCAGUAAAAGCACGCACGAGCAGACGACACCCAAGGAUGGGUACAGAGCGACCGUGCCAGGCAACGUUGUCACUGAUACCACCGUUGGGAGGGUUAUCGCUCAGCAAAUGAUGGUCACAAGGUCCACAAAUCUCGGAACGCGCAAGCGGUUCACGCUAAUUUUAUUUAGAGGGGCGUAGCGCCGUUUUUUUUUUAAGACAUUGUACUCACCGCAGAGAACCGUAACGACACGACCGCACUCCAUGACAGCUGGUGCCAAACUGUGCCACACGCCCUCCCUCGCGCAUGGCCUUGCGGGAGCCUCGGUGUACCAAUAAAGUUAUUUGAUUUUUU